AGGGAGCGCUGCGCUCGCACCAGCUGUUUCCCGCCUUGAGCGGCAGAGGCGCGGCGCGCUCAGCUGGGGCCGGCGCCCGCAUGGAGUACUUCAUGGUGCCCGCGCAGAAGGUGCCCGCGCUGCAGCACUUCAGGAAGUCGGAGAAGGAGGUGAUCGGCGGGCUCUGCAGCCUGGCCAACAUCCCACUGACCCCAGAGACCCAGCGGGACCAGGAGCGGCGAAUACGCAGAGAAAUUGCAAACAGCAACGAGCGAAGGCGGAUGCAGAGCAUCAAUGCCGGCUUCCAGUCUCUAAAAACCCUCAUUCCACACACAGAUGGGGAGAAGCUCAGUAAGGCGGCGAUUCUUCAGCAAACAGCUGAAUACAUCUUCUCUCUGGAGCAGGAGAAGACUCGGUUACUGCAGCAGAACACACAGCUCAAGCGGUUCAUCCAGGAGUUCAGUGGCUCCUCUCCGAAGCGGCGGCGGGCGGAGGACAAGGACGAGGGCAUUGGCUCGCCGGACAUCUGGGAGGAUGAGAAGGCAGAGGAUCUGCGCCGAGAAAUGAUCGAACUCCGACAGCAGCUCGACAAGGAGCGGUCGGUCCGCAUGAUGCUGGAGGAGCAGGUGCGCUCCUUGGAGGCCCACAUGUACCCUGAGAAGCUCAAGGUGAUCGCCCAGCAGGUGCAGCUCCAGCAGCAGCAGGAACAGGUGAGAUUGCUGCACCAGGAGAAGCUGGAACGUGAGCAGCAGAUCCGAACGCAGCUCCUGCCGUCACACGGUCCCCCAGCACCCACCCAUCAUCCCACUGUGAUUGUACCAGCGCCGCCUCCUUCCCAUCACGUCACCGUGGUAACCAUGGGCCCAUCCUCCGUAAUCAACACAGUCUCUACAUCCAGGCAAAACCUGGACACCAUUGUUCAGGCAAUUCAGCACAUUGAAGGGACGCAGGAAAAGCAGCUGCAGGAGGAGGAGCAGAGGCGUGCGGUCAUCGUGACGCCUGUCCGGGCGUGCCUGGAGCCCUCCAAUUCUGACACCGCCUCCGACACAGAGGGGGAUGACAGUGACUCCAUGGAUCAGAGCAAGGAAGAUCCCUCAGGGGAGGGGGAGCUGCCCUGACCCCCCCAACCAGCAGCAGGGAAAGGGGUGGGACUGGGGAGGGGAAUGUCAGAGAAUAUGCUGAAAUUUUUAAAAAAUACAAUGCGAUUUGGGUCUCUUUUAUGACCUUUUUCAAUACUGUAAAUCGGAGCGCUAGAACCAGAUACGCUGAAAGUUCAUGCUGCAGUUGAAAGCAAACCGGGGGGGCGGGAGGGGGGUGCUGUGUCAGUGAACCAGCACUGGGGGAGGGAGGGAGCUGUUUUUAACUAGAGAUGGGCCAAAACUGGAACCCAGGAUCUGAACUCAGAUGAACUGUUUGGGGGUUCGGGUAACUGGGACCUGGAACCAAAUUGCUUGUGGUUUUGUAAAACUCAAACCCGACUUACAGUAAUCUUGCAAAACUAGUCCCAGCUUUAUCCAGCACUGGUGCAAUGGAUGGCGUGGCUGGUGCACGGGCGCUGGGCUGUUCAUGGGCCGGCCUGAGUUCUUGUUUCUUGUUUGUUGGUAGUUUCUCUAUUUUAAAAAAAGAAAAAAAAAAAAAAUUUAAGGGACACCAUCAACUGAAGUCCCAUGGCACAGAACGCGUCUCUUGCUCUCAAGCUGACUAGUGGAGAAUAGAGAGGAAUGUGUUGAGGUUACUUGGCACAUUGGACGAUGCUCUGUGUGUGGUCGGUUUCACUACUUCUCCUGCAUCACUGGGCACUUCCCCUGAAAGAACCCCCACAAAUGGCAACAGGGGCGAGAAAACACUUUUUAAAAAGAAAGAUGGGAUUGUAAGGCCACUGGAAACGUGUGGGGGGGUUGGGGAGCAGGUGUAGUACUUGAAAGGACUCUGAACUCGCUUAAAAAUUGACUGACUAAAUUUCAGUUUGGUGUUGCUUUAGAUU